AUGUCGUUUAUCUGUAGGAAUAUCUUUGAGCCACAACAUCCUUCUGUAGCCUUUCAUCGUAGUCACCAAGACGAAAUUAAUAUAAGAGCUGAGGAUUCGCAAUACAGUGACAUAGAGGAUCAUUUCAGGAUGAUAACAAAGGCGAUUCAAGUACCAUCUUAUAAAGAGGACACAUCAACUAGUUCUCAUGGAACAAUUUACCAUCAUUUGAAUGAAACAGAAAACUCGUUCAAUUUUGAUAUAGAUCGACGCCAGCUAUUUUCUAAUGAUUUUCCGCCUGAUGGUUAUGAAGUGAGUAAAACAAUAAGUGUCCUCCGAAAUGGAAGUCCUUCUUUGAAAUCCGUCGUAAUACAAACAGGAAGUUCCUCUACCAAAUCAAACAGUGAUACUAAAAGUUCCCCAAGGGGAAGCCAAGAAAGUGAUAAGUAUUACGCACUGGAAAAAGAAUAUUUAAUGUUAAAGUCUGACAUAAAUACCAAUUAA